AUGGCGUGCCUCUUCCCUCGGGUGACCUGGCCGGAAACUGUGCAGGAUCUCAAUAAAAAGGCCGGAAGGUGUGAGGCCCAAGACGUGCCCAAGACUCUCAGAGACGUGCCCAAGACUCUCCGAGACGUGCCCAAGACUCUCCGAGACGUGCCCAAGACUCUCCGAGACGGGCCCAAGACUCUCAUAGACGUGCCCAAGGCUCUCAUAGACGUACCCAAGACUCUCCGAGACGUGCCCAAGACUCUCCGAGACGUGCCCAAGACUCUCCGAGACGUGCCCAAGACUCUCCGAGACGUGCCUAAGACUCUCCGAGACGUGCCCAAGACUUUCCGAGACGUGCCCAAGAUUCCGAGACGUGCCCAAGACUCCCCGAGACCCAAGACUCCCCGAGACAUGCCCAAGACUCUCCGAGACGUGCCCAAGCUUCCCCGAGACGUGCUCAAGCUUCCCCGAGACGUGCCCAAGACUCUCCGAGACGUGCCCAAGCCUCCCCGAGACGUGCCCAAGCCUCCCCGAGACGUGCCCAAGCCUCCCUGA